CGUUGCUCUCUCUUCGCCAUAUUCUCCCAGUCUACUUCCUUCUUUCCUGGUUUGCAUUCCUUCCGGUCCUGCUGCUUUCUACUGACUUUUCUCAGAGCAACUCGUACAUAUAGCGCGUGCUGCCAUUUCCCAGCGCGGACGUCACGUAUGCCUCAGACCACGGCGGGCCCAUCCUCGUCGAGGCCCAUCCAACAAAGACCUUCCGCGGCCGAUAGACCUCGCAAUGCUGUCGCGACGCAGCAACAGCAACAGGCAGCAGCACAGCAGCCACCAUGGCGAUCCUCGCUAGACCUCGUAUGGUCCUACUCUCGCUCGCAGGCCUUCUAUAGCCACAAUCUCGAGACCAGCCCAAGCUUCACAGACGCCAGAUGGAGAGGGCCUCAGUACGAGGUCACCCCCGAGACGCUCGAAGAAGGGGAGGAGGAAGACGAAGAAUAUGACUGGGAGCAAGGGGAAGAGGAAAGUGAUGGAGGAGAGGUCAUCAGGGGCAGGAGAUCAUCGGAGCAAGAGACCGAUCACCUCUUUCCUCACACCGGGCCAGUCUGGACCGAAGACUCUACUCCUUACUCCACGACGUCUUCCACUGGGAGCGGCUCAUCUAAGAUCCGAAGACUAAGGCAAGUCGCAGCCGAGAGCAGCGAUAGUGACGACAAGAACAGCAGGAGUAGAAGCAGGAGUCCAAAGAAGCUCGAUAUCAGUCGUGCAGCGAUCUCCAACUCUCGCAGCGAACGCAGGACAUCAGGUCUAUCGAGGCGAAGCGACGAGCCUGGCUCCUUGCGCUCCACUGACAACAACGAGAUGUUGACACAGGCGCCUUCAAGCGAGCGUACUCCCUUACUGGGCCCGAAAGACCGGCGCAAGUCUCGCUCAUCGCUUUACGGACCGGGUCUUGGAAGGCGCAAGAGCUCGGGGGGCAUCACAGCAAUGCCGAAAUUCCCUGCUGGUUCGUCGACGUUUGGUCAAUCUCUCUUCAACUCCAUCAAUGCCCUUGUCGGCAUAGGGAUUCUCUCAUUGCCCCUUGCCCUUUCUUAUGCAUCGUUCACUCUUGGCAUUCCCAUCUUCCUGGCUGCUGGUCUGGUCACCAGCUACACAGGCAAGCUCCUGUGGAAGAUGAUGCGUCUGGACCCUAGGCUCAGAUCGUACUCAGACAUCGGCCGUUAUGCUUUUGGCGACAAAGCCCAAAUCGGCAUAAGCUUGCUAUUUGGAGCAGAGCUUUGGGCAGUUAGCGUGGCGCUCCUUGUCCUCUUUGGUGAUAGUCUCUACGCCAUGGUCCACUCGAAUCUGCGUCCUUCGCAUGUCCAUACUUUUGUAGCCUCUACUGGAAUUGCGACCUGGUCUCCGGCAGCUUUCAAGAUACUCGGCUUCUUCCUCGUCUUACCAACGGUCUUCGUGCCCUUGCGCUUCCUCUCUCCGAUCAGCGUCAUCGGCAUCCUUUCCACUGUCACAGUCCUGGUUAUACUUGUCACAGACGGCUUUCUGAAGCCUGACUACCCCGGCUCCCUUCAUCACCCAGCCGCUACCCUCUGGCCGCCCGAGCCGCCUCAGUGGUCGAAGAUUCCGCUCUCCUUCGGUCUCAUCAUGAGCGGCUUCGCAUCGCAUGCCAUCGUACCUGCGAUCAUUCGGGACAUGAAAGAGCCCGAACGCUUCCCGGCCAUGCUCAACACGGCCUAUGUAGUCGCAACAGCUAUAUACCUCACAAUGGGUAUCACUGGCUACCUCAUGUUCGGCAAAGGCGUAUCGGACGAAAUCACCCGAGACGUUGCGCAGACCAAAGCAUACCCUCAGCUGUUGACAAAGAUCGCAGUCUGGCUCAUCGUUGUGGUACCCUUGACAAAGUUUGCGUUGGCCAGCCGACCCGUGCUAGGCAUCUUCGAAGGUCUGGCUGGUGUUGAGGAGCCUCAGACGAUCGUGGAAGCAGAGGCUCACAACAACGAUAGCAACACCAUCUCAGGCAGGAUGGCAGAAGAGCUCGAAGAAGACGUGGACGGGGACAGUCGACUUCAACGUACCCGCAAGCAGCAUAAUGGCAGCCACAUCUCACUGAACGGCGUAGGCCCGGCAGAUCCAUCGCGCCUCCCUCCUCCUCCUAGCAGAAUAUCUCCACGCCUACGUGUCGUCCUGCGAAAUAUCCUUCGCUUGGUCCUGACGGCUCUCAUACUACUAACAGCGAUCGUGUUUCCCGAAUUUGAACGGAUCAUGGCAUUCCUCGGCGCGUUCCUAGCAUUCACGACUUGUGUCAUCGGACCCAUCAUGGCUCAUCUGAAACUCUUCCGCGCCGAGCUCUCCACGCAACGCAUCGUUUGCGAACUUGUUCUUCUCGCCGUCAGCUUCGUUUGCGCCAUUACAGGAACCGUCUGGGCAUUUCUACCUCUCUGAUACGUACAUAUGUACCAUCUCUUCAUCAUGUGUAACCUUAUACUGCGUCCCUUCCAAUAUACACAAAGUGUUGAGUUUUGCCC